UCAUGGACAUUGAAGCAUAUUUUGAAAGAAUUGGUUAUAAGAACCCUGGGAACAAACUGGACCUGGAAACAUUAACUGACAUUCUUCAGCACCAGAUCCAGGCCAUUCCCUUUGAGAACCUUAACAUUCAUUGUGGGGGACCCAUGGAAUUGGGCUUGGAGGCCGUUUUUGAUCAAGUUGUGAGGAAGAACCGGGGUGGGUGGUGUCUCCAGGUCAAUCAUCUUCUGUAUUGGGCUCUGACCACAAUCGGUUUUGAGACCACAAUGUUGGGAGGCUAUGUUUACAAUACUCCAGCCGACAAAUAUAGCAACGGUAUGAUUCACCUUCUGCUGAAGGUGACUGUGGAUGGCAGGGACUACAUCGUCGAUGCUGGGUUUGGACGCUCUUACCAGAUAUGGGAGCCUCUGGAGUUGAUUUCUGGGAAGGAUCAGCCUCAGGUGCCUUGCAUCUUCCGCUUGACCGAAGAGAGAGGAAUCUGGUACCUGGACCAAAUCAGAAGGGAGCAGUACAUUCCAAACCAAGAAUUUGUUAAUUCUGAUCUCCUGGAAAAGAAAAAGUACAGAAAGAUCUACUCCUUUACUCUUGAACCUCGAGCAAUUGAAGAUUUUGAGUCAGUUAAUGAAUACCUCCAGACGUCUCCAGCAUCUGUGUUCACAAGCAAGUCAUUCUGUUCUUUGCAGACCCCUAAUGGGGUUCACUGUUUAGUGGGCUUCACCCUCACCUUUAGAACAUUCAAUUAUAAGGACAAUAUGGAUUUGGUGGAGUUUAAGACAUUGAAGGAGGAACAAAUAGAAGGAGAGCUGAAAAAUAUAUUUAAGAUUUCCUUGGAGAGGAAGCUUGUGCCCAAACAUGGUGAUACAUUUUUUACCGUUUAGAGUGGGGACUAGAAAUGGUUUUCAGUAUUAUUUCAGGUACUGAAACUUUUUAUUUAAAAAUUUCCAAUAAAUGUAAAAGUAGAAUAAAAU